UAUUUGUAACUUCUACUACUGCACUUGCAAUUUGCGAGGAAUGAUAAAUGCCGAAAGAGUCGCCAUUUUGAUAUUUCAUCUGAUUUCAAGAUGUGCGGCUCUGUGUGCCUACUCGCUUUCCACGCAACACCUUCCAUUUAACUCAAACAACCACCACGCGAGCCGUACCUCAAACCACCUCAAUUAUCAAACUGCUACUUUAAUUUUCUGUUCUCGAAAUAAGAAAAAUCUUCUUUUUCAGAACAGUAGACAAUUGAGCACGAUACUGCCACCGAGAACGUUGUUUACGCGACUGUUGCUGGACAUUUAUCCAGCUCGACGGACUGUGCUUGCGGAUAGUAGUAACGCGCUAGGAUUCGCGAGGAGAUUGUAUAGCUAUCGGUCGCCGUUCGGGAUGAUUAAUAAAGUACCCCCCCAGCCAGCUCCGGUCUGGGACCACACGCCCGAGCAGAUCAGUGCGGGGAUCGCAAAGAUCGUCGCGGACUCAAAGAAGUUGAGCGACGAGGUUGCAGCGGUUGCGCAGCCGACGUUUGAGAAUGUGAUUAAGGCGAUCGUCGACGGGGAUCAUGCGCAGUACGGGACCAUUCGGCAGCUGCUGUUUUAUCACAAUGUUAGCACUGAUGCCGCGGUGAGGGAGAGUAGCGCGAAGGCGGAGGAGGUUUUUAGGGAGUACAACAUUGAGCUGUCUAUGCGUGAGGAUCUGUUCAAGGUCGUGGACGCGGUAUACAAGCAAGCUCCCGCGCUCGACGCAGAAUCCACCCGGCUACUGGAGAAAAUGCAUCUCGACUUUGUCCGCAACGGACUCGCGCUUCCAAAGGAGAAGCGCGACGAGCUCAAGGCGCUGCAGAAAGCUCUCUCGAGCCUCGAGCUCGCGUACAAGACCAACCUGAGCGAAAACACAGAGUCCAUUUUAUUCACAAAGGAGGAGCUCGAGGGCCUUCCGGCGGAUAACCUGUCGCAGCUCGAGCAGGUCGAGGGGAAAUACAAGAUGACGUUCAAGUACCCGGACGUCGUCCCUGUGAUCAAGUACGCGAAAAACGCAGAGACGAGGAAGCGCGCGUUUGUCGGCGACCAGAAUAAGGCGAGGCAGAACUGCGAGUUGUUGGAGAAGGCGGUGAAGUUGCGGGCAAAGAUCGCAAAGGUGCUCGGGUAUGAGACGCAUGCUGCGUAUGUGUUGGAAGAGCGCAUGGCGAAGACGCCUGAGAAUGUUUCGAACUUCCUGAACGAUCUACGCGGAAAACUGACUGACGCCGGCAAGGCAGAGAUUGCGAAACUGAAGCAACUAAAAGCCGCAGAGCUGUCGAGCGCGGGUCUGACGCCAGAUGACGCGUUCAACAUCUGGGACUACCGAUACUUUGACCGCGUGCUGCUCGAGACCGAGUACGAGGUCGACGGCGAGAAGAUCAGCGAGUAUUUCCCCGUGCAACCCACGAUUGAGAAAAUGCUCGGGAUCUUUGAAGAGCUGUUUGGGUUACGGUUCGUCGAGGCGACCGGCGCCGAGCGAUCGGUGUGGCAUGAGGAUUGUAAGCAGUUUGCGGUGUGGCAGGUCGUAGACCCCGCGGACGAGGACAAUGUGGAGUUUGUGGGGUGGCUGUAUUUCGAUCUGCAUCCGCGGACGGGCAAGUACGGCCACGCGGCGAACUUCAACCUGAACCCGGGCUUCACGAACGCGCGCGGCGAGCGGGUGUACCCCGUGACUGCGCUGGUGUGCAAUUUCUCCAAGCCGACGGCGACGAAGCCGUCGCUGCUGAAGCACGGCGAGGUCGUGACGCUUUUCCACGAGCUCGGGCACGGCAUCCACAACCUCGUGUCGGCAACACAGUACGCGCGGUUCCACGGCACGCGGGUCGCACGCGACUUUGUCGAGGCGCCGUCGCAGAUGCUCGAGUUUUGGUGCUGGGAGCCGGCGCAGCUGAAGCGGUUGUCGGGCCACUAUCUCGAUCCGGGGCGGGCGAUCGACGACGGGCUUGUGAAGCGGAUUGUGGCGAGCAAGCAUGUGAAUGGGAGUCUGUUUGCGCUGCGGCAGUUGCAUUUCGGGCUGUUUGAUCUCACGCUGCAUUUGCUUGCGGACGGCGGGGAGGUUGAUGUCGCGAAGCUGUGGAACGAGAUGAGACAGGAGAUCUCGCUUCUGCAGCAAGGCGCGGAGGUGACGCACGGGUACGCGUCGUUCGGGCACCUGAUGGGCGGCUACGACUCGGGGUACUACGGGUACCUGUGGUCAGAGGUAUUUGCGGCGGAUAUUUUCUACAGCAAGUUCAAGGGCGACGCGAUGAACAAGGCGGCAGGGAAGGAGUACCGCGACGCGAUCUUGAAGCCGGGCGGGUCGCGCGACGAGAUGGAGAGCUUGAAGGCGUUGCUGGGGCGGGAGCCUACGAACGCGGCGUUCUUGGCCGAGCUGGGGAUCACGGCGUGACCGGCGCGUUAAAGAAGGAAGAAUGACCGGGCUGUGCUGUGCAGGGCAUAAGUUAAAGACGUUACGCGCGUGCUGUUGGGAAUGGAAACGUGUUGCGAAAAGACAACCCGAUAAGGUAGUCUAUCUGCGUGGUGCGGCUCGAAAAAUCUUCGAAGGAGAAGAGAAGAAGACAGGAAGGAGAAUAAAGUGUUGCUGAUUCUAUUUCUGUAUUAAUAAGUGCAGGUUUUUAUUAACUGGGCAUAUUCUUGGCCGGUGAUCGGGAAAGAGCAGGAUGCUGUCGUGUAGAAAUGUAGAAGGUGGAAGUAACCACGCGUCCUCCUACAUUACGUCCUCACCUCCCGCAGAUCUUUAUCUUCACCCCUCGCUCCACUCUAAACCCCCCUGACACCACAGCAGUAUCCCACCAACAAGUAAGCAAGAGCAACCGGCAAGCUUCGGAGCGUGGCA